AUGAUGGAAAAGCAGUGGAUAGUUUCUUCCCUCUUGCGCUCUUCAGAGCAGGGGAACGCGGAAGGCGUUAAUGCCUUUAGUACUACUACUCUCGGAUUAAAGCGGCAGCGAGAUAGCCAAUUUUAUGACGGUGAUGGGAAGCCGUUGAGAGGUUUGAGGCGUGAAGCUGCGAGCCUUAUGUAUAACAACCGCUAUCUCAGUGAGGAGGAACUGCACCGGCUUGAGCAGUCGCUUUCUGCUGGCCAGGGUAACACUUCUGUGACUUCCACUGCUGAUGGGAAGGGCGGUGGCAGUGCUAGGAGGAUCCUGAACGGACUACCUGCGCUACCAGACAUGUUUGGUGUUGUGCCGUCGACAACUUCUGGAGGAAAGGCUGCAAAAUCAGCGGGUGGUGAGAAUGGCGACUCAAGGUGGGCCGUACCAGCGAUGAAUCGGUGGUUCCUCGUGCAGCGAAACCACGUGGUUCAGAAUCGGCUGACUGAGGGUGGAAACAAUAGCAACGACGAAUCCGCGCAACAGUUAGGCCAUCAGUCUGCACAUAUGGGAGGCUGUGGUUACCGUUGGGUCCGGGCUGAUGCACUUCAGGUGGAAAGCGCACUUACUGGCUCUUUGGUCGUUGCUGCUAUGCCGGUUGCGGACACGGGAGCCUCCACGGGAAGGACCGAAAUGGGAAGUGGAGGUGCAAAGCACAAGCGCGUACAGGAAGAACUUCAAGAAUCGUGGAUUUCGCAGGCAUGUUUGCUAGCUCCCCCCGAGACCGAAUUUUCCGUCGCUGACGCUUAUAAAGGGUCGGACCCCUUUUCAUUCUUUACGGUAAGUGAAGAUGAGUAUCGGAUAUUAAACCUGGAGAGCCCACAAUUCCAGCCAUCAUUUCUAUCACGGCAUAACGACGUUGAAGAAGCAACGCCACAUCAUUUUAACUUUGAUGCCACUAUGAAGCUUCUCACAAUGUACGAAAGAUUCGGUAAUUUCGUGGUGGUGGCUGAUCGUUGGACAUAUGCCAACGCUUCUGGCACAGGUCCUGCGGACGUUAACGGCGCGGAUGAAACACUUUUGCCUCCACCCGUUGAGGCAUUAAUGGAGCGAUACAAGUUGGUCUCGGAGGCGGUUCUUCAGUAUCGUUUGCAUAUGCUGAGGACAGUCUUACGCGAUGGAAAAAGCGGCAGGUGCGAUGAAGCAGUUGCGGCAGCUGUUGGAUGCCGCAAACCCGAGUCGAGGGCUUCUCGUGAGGCUGUAGUGGCGAAAUCUCAAAAAGACACGGAUGAUCGUCUAAUAGCAUCGUCACAUCCCUUAGUUUCGUUGAUGUUAAAGCACCCCAUUCUCGAGACGCAACGACAGAGGCAGGAGUGGCUCACUCAGAAGUUUCGAGAGAUUAAGGAUGACGAUGGUAAGAGUUGUAACAACAACGACAACGGGAACCCGAACAAGGAGGACACGAAUGAUGAGGUCUCCGCGACGGCCAAUGCCGCGAGUGAGAUCGCCAUGAUUAACGGUCACCGCCGCAGUUACCUGAAGGAUUUGGCAGUGAUGGGUACCAGUUCUUUAUCCAAUCACUUGGAUUCAUCACAAAUGCAGAACAGCAGGGAUCAUGGUGAUGGCGGAACUUCCUUCGCUGUUGGUGGCAACGCGAGAUCUGGCAGUGCUUCUCCUCUUGAGUCCCAACUAUCGGUUCCACUCAACAUUUGUCCAAUACCCACCGCUUCACCCUUCUGGUAUGAUGGGCUACUGGAGCGUGUGAGGCGGGAGCGUUUACGUGAGGAUAUGAUCCUUGAAUCGCGAGAGAAUGUGCCUUACCACGUGGCAUUGAUGUCUCUCCAAAAAGUGGGCAAGCAGGCGAAGGUUCUGUUCGACAGAUUGCGGACCCUCACGCAAGAGACGGUGGCAGCAUCGGUAGAGGAGCCGGAGGAGUCAGACGUUAGCACUAGGGCAAGCGGUACGUCAGCCGUUGUAGACACCGGUGUUGGAGGCAAGGAAGGAAGGGGGGCGAGACCUGGGAAGUUAGCGACAGCUAAGCAGUGCAAGAAGAGACAACAGCAGCAACUUACCGAUCCCAGUUCGGAGGACAGUUACCAGGCUGUGCAGGAGGAGGUUCGUCGUGUGCCUGCGAUCUGCGAACGGCUGAAGCUAUGCGUUCAGGCCGGUUGGUUCCUACCACCCUCGUAUUUGGGAAAGGGAUGUGGAUCCGAUCUUAAAGGUAGCAACGGUAACACAAACAAUGAAAACUCUGGGGGUAACCGUGGCGCGCCCGUCGGUGGCAGCAGCGGCGGCACCAACAUCAUAGCCAAUCGCGUUUUAAGUAAUUCCUCUGAGGCGCUUUUGCUGUCGUUGCCUCCAAACACACCGCGUAUUCAUCGCAGCGUGGAGCACGAGUUGGAGAAGCAUCUCUGGGAAGAUCACCGGGCGUUGUGUGAUGACAGUGCGGAGGUGCAGCAGUUACUGGGUGAGGUACGUGUGUUAUACACACAGAAUGUUAUAUUGCGCAGGUUUGCUGGGAGGUGUGGUACUCUCAAGGCCUCACUUAAAAAACUUGCGAGUGACGCUUCUUCAAUGAAAAUAUGA